GGUGAAAAAAUUUCAGUUUACCACUUAAUUUUCGGUCGACAGCAGCCGGCACAAUCUGCUCUGCGUCCGGCGACCGGUCUUUCCCGUGCCGAGGAAGUACGCAAAAGAAAGGGGGGCUCGUGCAAAAAAAAUCGCUAUCCGGUGAAAAGUGGACAUUCUGAAAAGUUCUACAACAUCAGUUGCGUUAAAAAUGUUGCGCCAACUGUUGCCAGUGCUAUGUCUGGUGGCAUUAUGUCACGCAGAGAUUCCCAUCUUUGAGAUUGGCUCAUUCCCCGCCGACACCGAUACGAAGGUGGCACCCAGCCAAAAACAGGAACAAUUCGGUGGAUACGUCAUAGAGAAGCCUACCGAACAGCUGCCCGAACCGACGAACCAAUGCCAAGGUGGUCCCGAUGAGUGCGGCUACGAGUACGAGCCACCAAAGUGUCCGUGGGAAGAUGGCCAGGCGCAAACCGUCGUCGAAACCACCACCGAGGUCCGCACGGAAACGAGUGUCCAGACGACCACGGCUACCGUUACCGAAACCAUCCCGACAACCGUUACGACAACUCUGACCAGUGCCACUCCGUUCUGCGGAACGACCAACACUUAUCUGCCGCCGGAUACGACGACCACGCUACCGCCGGACACUAAGACAGUAACGGUAACGCAACCACCGAUAACGACGACGAAAACACUGCCACCAACGACGACCACGAUCACCUCGCGGGGACCUCCACUGACCACGGAGCGUACCGUCACGCCGACUACCACGAUCGUGAUCAGCAAGACGCCGUUCGUGACGGCUACGCGUACCGUGACGCCUACCUCGACCAACAUCAUCACUGCCAGCAGCGUCUCGAUAACGCGUACGAUCACACCUACCUCGACGUACAUCUCGUACAUGCCCUCGACGACCAUUACCCGCACCGUAACGCCCACGUCCACCAAUGUGUUCUACGCCGACUCGGUCACCGUCAACCGCACGGUAACGCCGACGUCUACUAACGUUUUCUACCUACCGUCGACCACGGUUAAUCGGACCGUAACGCCCACCUCCACCAAUGUGUUCUACGCGGGUGAGGUCACCGUGAACCGCACCGUUACGCCGACCAGUACCAACGUGUUCUACCUACCAUCGACCACCGUCAAUCGGACCGUGACGCCUACCUCGACCAAUGUGUUCUACGUUGCCUCGGUAACGGUGAACCGAACCGUUACGCCAACGUCCACUCGACUGUUCUACCUCGACUCGGUUACUGUGGACAGGACGGUUGUGCCGACUUCCACCGUUGUGAUUACGCUGGACCAGACACGCACGCAAACACGCACGGUAACGCCCACGUACGUUGUGCAGCAAACGGCCGAUACUGCUACCGUUACUAGAACACUCACACCAUCGUACGUCGUUACACAAAGCGUACCAACCGUUACGAUAACCCGCACCGUCACUCCGUCCAGUGUACUUACGACGACGGCUUCCACAACGAACGUGAUCACACGCACCGUUACGCCGCAGGCUACUAGCACUACCACCGUAACGGCUCCCGUUCGUACCAUCACGCAGACCGCAUCCACAACCGUCACCGUUACGCCCAAGCUUUCGGUAACGCCGACCAUCUACUCCACCGUUACUCUGCCACCAGUCAUUAAGACCGUGUGCGAACCGGCCCGCACCUAUCUGCCCGAUCCGGGCGUUACCACCAUCACCCGCACGCAGACGGAAACGAAAACGGAAGUGUCCACUACCACUGUCAUUGCAUGCACGCCUACCAACGCGUACCUGCCGGUAAAGGAAACCGCGGCCGCCAACCAGCUGUCACCCGCCUUUGCCCGUGUGCCCAGUCUGCACCGUGAGGUUCUGCCACCGCAGGACGAUGAACGAAACAACCUGAUCUGGAAUGCUUAAGGCAACAGGCUGUAGGAAGAAAAAGGGAGCCUUUUCACUCCAAUAGCUCGAUAGAGUAGCAUCAAGCGUUAAGACGCGAUACAGAAAAGAAACAGAAAUACUCAUACCUUCGUUUGCUAAGUGUGGUUGUAAGCCGGCAACUGUGGGCCGCCCGCCCACAGCUUGCAGUGAUUAGUUGUAGGAUCCCCGCUCGUAAAUCAAUGUACAUAAAACAAAACUCCUCCGGAGAGGACAAAGCUAGAUCGUUGGAGUUGUUGCAUCCUUUUGUGUUCACCUACUUACUGCUCCUCUCACCUUACUUCACUUUGUGGCAAAUGUUUUCCCUCCCCCUAGCUGACACCAGGACUGGUUACUGAUUGCGUGAAAAACAGCUAAAACCAAUAACAGCAACCUGGUUGUGAUUUUCCUUGUAGUUACUGUGUGUGUAAGCGUGUAAAUGUGUGUGCGUGUGGUGUUCGUAAUGAUUUCACAAAUAAAGUCUUUGAUUGAUCAAAGGUAA